AUGUCCAUAGAGCUAUUUAUACGUCCAUCUUCGGCAGACAAGCCCACAGCCAAAGAACUGGCCCAGAAAGGUCUCCCGAUCCGUGUUGGAGACCUUGACGGGCCAUUUGAGGACCUUGUCUCCUUGCUUUCAGGGUUCGAUUUAGUCAUCAGUGCCAUCGAUGCGGGAUCACAGUUGGCGCAAAUCACCCUCGCCACAGCCGCCAAAGAAGCACGCGUCGCAAGGUUCAUUCCUUGCGGCUUCACCACUGUCUGUCCUCCCGGAGAUGUGAUGUUGAUUCGUGACGAUAAAGAAAAGGUCUAUCAACACUUAAAGAACCUUUCUCUGCCAUUUACCGUCAUUGACGUCGGCUUCUGGUAUCAAAUUUCCUUUCCAACGAUACCAUCUGGCCGGGUUGACUAUGCCACUCCCAUCACACCAAACGUCACCAUUCACCACGACGGGGAGGCGCCGAACUUUCUUACAGACCUUCGUGAUAUUGGUCGAUUUGUUGCUCGCAUUGCCACUGACGAUCGAACAUUGAAUCAAUACGUGUACACGUACGGCGAUGUUCUCUCGGAAAACCAAAUCUUCAGUAUGAUGGAAGAACGUUCCGCUGAAAGGAUCGACAGAAAGCACAUGACUGCACAGGAAAUAGAAGCCACUGUAAGCAUGGCCAAAAAGGCGUACAAUGACAACCCCAAAAGUAUGGGCAGUCCUUUCAUGCUGUAUAUGUCACAAUACAACUACAGCAAGUAUGUCAGAGGCGAUAAUUCUCCCGAAAGUGCAAAGUCCCUGGGGUAUCUCAAUGCUCGAGAACUUUACCCGGAUUUCAAGCCUGUCACUUUCGGUGAUUUCUUGAGUGAAGUGUUGGAUGGAAAGGGCGUAAACCCCUAUGCAUAG